GCCGCCUGUCAAACCAUACGCAUGGAUUUUGUUUCAGUGGAUGACGUACGACGUAUAUUCCAUCUUUUUCUCAAGGCAAAUUCAGCAAGAUGGUAGCAUCAAAAAUCAUUAAAGCGGGAGGCGCUGAGCCUGAUGAGUUCGAAAAAACCGUCAGCCAAGCUUUGCUUGAAUUGGAGUUGAACUCUGAAUUAAAACCACAAUUGAGAGACUUGUACAUUACACGUGCUCGUGAAUUGGAAUUUGCCACCAAAAAGGCUAUCAUCAUCUAUGUUCCAGUUCCAAAGCAAAAGGCUUUCCAAAAAAUCCAAACCCGUUUGGUUCGUGAAUUGGAAAAGAAAUUCUCUGGCAAACAUGUUGUGUUCGUUGCUGAACGUAAAAUUCUGCCAAAACCACAACGUAACACACGCAAUCCAUUGAAACAAAAGCGUCCACGUUCACGAACAUUGACCGCCGUUUUCGAUGCCAUCUUGGAAGAUUUAGUGUUCCCAGCUGAAAUCGUUGGCAAACGUAUUCGCGUCAAGUUGGACGGUUCCCAAUUGAUCAAGGUUCAUUUGGACAAGAACCAACAAACCACCAUCGAACACAAGGUCGAUACAUUCACCUCAAUUUACAAGAAAUUGACCGGCCGUGAAGUUACAUUCGAAUUCCCAGAACCAUACUUGUAAACAAUGGAAAUGGAUGCAAACAUCAAACAAAAAUAAACCAUUGAAUAUUUUAUUCGAUUAAAACGGAAAACAAAAAUAAAA